UUCCCGGAAGUCGUUGUGCCCCAACACUGCGGUGAACUGUGGACGGAUAUAACAAUUAUUUACAUCUUCUGCUUUCGCUCUUAAACUGUUUAAAUUUCAUCGAAGCUUCUGGGACUCAUCACAGCCAAAAUGACUGACAGAUACAACAUCCACAGUCAACUGGAGCAUCUUCAGUCAAAGUACAUCGGCACAGGACACGCCGACACCAGCAAGUGGGAAUGGCUGGUCAACCAGCACCGAGACUCUUACUGCUCCUACAUGGGGCAUUUCGACCUGCUCAACUACUUCUCCGUCGCUGAGAACGAGAGCAAAGCGCGCGUCCGUUUCAACCUGAUGGAGAAGAUGCUUCAACCUUGUGGACCACCAGCAGACAAACCUGAUGAUGCCUAAAUUACACUGGGCUGUGGGUGUUUUUUUACAGGAUGUUUGUGUAGGAUUUGCAUUUUUUAAUGUUGGACAUUCAGCUUGAUUUUCUGCUAAACAAAGCCAAUAUUAUCUUCUGGAAUUUGUGACCAUAAAACAAAGUGUCAAGUUACAUGACAGAAGAUGACUGGACUCAGAUCUUUUCAUCAUUUGGAUCUGGACCGUUCAAAAACAUUGUUUCCUCCCCAGCUGUAAGGAAAAUCAGCUGCAAAGAGAAAAGGAAGGAGGACGGGCUUCAAUAUCCAAACAGUUAUCAGAAAAGAUAAUAGAAAAAUGGUGUACUAAUGUGUCACAUAUUUGUAUUAACUGAUGGAGCUGUAUUCUUGGUUGAAAUUUCUUAUUUGAUUCAAUUAAACUUCACGUGUUUCCAUUAAA